GAAAAAAUGUACAGGGAAAGUACUGAAUCUUCGACACAGGUUCGAACAUCGCGCGAGACAUGGCAAUAUAUGUCAACAAACAAUUGAACAGCGAAUGGAAAAUUAGCAGCUUUGGGCAUUCUCCGAAAAGGAGGAGAAACCCCCGAUGACUAAAUUGCGGGAAACAAAACCAACGAGUUCUUCGUUUUCUGGGUAGGCGAAGGACCAGCUUCCUACCUUGCGUCCUCUCUCUCCGAGGAUUUCUGGUGUUUGGCCUUGCUCUUUGCCUGUCUUUCUUUUAUGGGUGCUUGUUUUGCUGUUCUCGGCAGAGAAAACAGAGCUCCCCGUAAUCAGAAUGACAAUGGUGACCCAGGUACAUCAAGGGCCUCCGACAAAAGUACAGUUUCUGGUGAUCCAGAUACAUCAAGCACCUCCAGCAAGACUGUUUUCUCAUCCACAUCUUCUCAGCAGACAGGAAUUCUUCCUCUCACAAGAUCUGAGGGUGAGAUAUUUUCAUCUCCGAAUUUGAAGGUCUUCACCUUUAAUGAGCUUCAAAAUGCUACAAGAAAUUUUCGUCCAGAUAGCCUUCUCGGUCAAGGUGGGUUUGGUUAUGUUUUUAAAGGAUGGAUUGACGAGCAGACUCUUGCUGCUGCUCGGCCAGUAUCUGGUAUUGUUGUUGCUGUGAAGAAGCUUAAACCUGAAGGAUUUCAAGGGCACAAGGAAUGGUUGGCGGAGGUCAAUUAUCUCAGUCAGCUUCACCACCCACAUCUUGUGAAGCUUAUUGGAUACUCUUUGGAGGGUGAGAACAGGCUGUUGGUGUAUGAGUUCAUGCCUAAAGGGAGCCUUGAAAAUCAUCUGUUUAGACGAGGUGUUCAGCCCUUAUCUUGGGCAACAAGGAUAAAAGUUGCCAUUGGUGCUGCUGAAGGCCUGACUUUCUUGCAUAAUGCGGAGCGGCAAGUCAUAUAUCGUGAUUUUAAAGCUUCAAACAUCCUUCUUGACGCUGAUUUUAAUGCAAAGCUUUCUGAUUUUGGCUUAGCAAAAGAUGGACCCACUGGUGACAAAACACAUAUCUCCACGCAAGUGAUUGGUACUCAUGGCUAUGCUGCUCCUGAAUAUGUUGCCACAGGUCGGCUGACAGUAAAGUGUGAUGUUUAUGGAUUUGGAGUUGUUCUUUUGGAACUUCUUUCUGGUCGCCGUGCCCUGGACCAGUCAAAAAUCGGUGCAGAGCAGAAUUUAGUUGACUGGGCAAAACCUUAUUUGAGUGAACGUAAGCUAUACCGUGUAAUGGACAUGAAGCUAGAGGGUCAAUAUCCUCAGAAAGGGGCCCAAGCAGCAGCAGCUCUUGCCAUGCGCUGCAUCCACUCUGAUGCUAAAGCAAGGCCUCAGAUGACUGAAGUUUUAGAUAUUCUGCAGCAAAUCCGGUCAUGCAAAGAUCUAGCAAAGCUUGGAAACACAGAGCACCAUGUUCGCUCUAAUGCCAACCAUACAUCACCACGGUGUCACCUGCUGCCCGAAGUCCAAGGCCUGGUGUAUCCCCUUUGGCUUCGCCAUUGCCAGCAUGUUACCAGUCACCACGUAUUCAAGGAUUGAGAAACUAUUUACAGCCUGGCCCUUGAUGUCUAUCUGUUGGAUGUGUGGUGACAUGAAACUGACCUUUUUCAGCAUUCGAGAGCAUUCAUUAAUUGACCAGACACCCAAAAUCAGUAUGGUGGCAGCGUCAACCAGAGAUUUAACUUGCAUAUUUGCUGGCUCGACCUGGGAGAAAGCUCAUAUAAAUUCACCUUUUUCCUCUAGCUACAAGAGGAAUCCACCUGCCAACGUUCUUCAAGGCACAGCAACAUCGAUCUCUACUUCGGCGUUGUAAUUCUCUAUCUACAAUCUUUGGUAAUGACACCAGUUUGUAGCCAGAUACUUGUGAAUUUGGAUAUUUAGAGGACAGGGUAGCCUAACGUGCCAUUCUUUACAAACAGACCAUAAAUCAUUCCUUGCGUUGCCUGGUUGUCGCCCUUGGCCAUCAUGAACUGCCAUAUUCGCCUACUGCGAAGUCUUCCACACUACCAUGUUAAAGUGCGAUUUUACCACA